AAAAAAUUGAUUUUUUUUAGACCGAACCGGUUAAUCCGAACCGAAGACGUUCCUAUAUAAACCCAAUUUUGAGAACAGAGCAUCAUCAUCACACAAAAAAGAUGGCACCAGCACGAACCCGAGUCAACUCACUCAACGUGGCAGUGAUCGGAGCCGGAGCCGCCGGACUCGUAGCUGCAAGAGAGCUCCGCCGCGAGAAUCACACCGUCGUCGUUUUCGAACGUGACUCAAAAGUCGGAGGUCUCUGGGUAUACACACCUAACAGCGAACCAGACCCGCUUAGCCUCGAUCCAAACCGAACCAUCGUCCAUUCAAGCGUCUAUGAUUCUCUCCGAACCAAUCUCCCACGAGAGUGCAUGGGUUACAGAGACUUCCCCUUCGUGCCUCGACCUGAAGAUGACGAAUCAAGAGACUCGAGAAGGUACCCUAGUCACAGAGAAGUUCUUGCUUACCUUGAAGACUUCGCUAGAGAAUUCAAACUUGUGGAGAUGGUUCGAUUUAAGACCGAAGUAGUUCUUGUCGAGCCUGAAGAUAAGAAAUGGAGGGUUCAAUCCAAAAAUUCAGAUGGGAUCUCCAAAGAUGAGAUCUUUGAUGCUGUUGUUGUUUGUAAUGGACAUUAUACAGAACCUAGAGUUGCUCAUGUUCCUGGUAUAGAUUCAUGGCCAGGGAAGCAGAUUCAUAGCCACAAUUACCGUGUUCCUGAUCAAUUCAAAGACCAGGUGGUGGUAGUGAUAGGAAAUUUUGCGAGUGGAGCUGAUAUCAGCAGGGACAUAACGGGAGUGGCUAAAGAAGUCCAUAUCGCGUCUAGAUCGAAUCCAUCUAAGACAUACUCAAAACUUCCCGGGUCAAACAAUCUAUGGCUUCACUCUAUGAUAGAAAGUGUACACGAAGAUGGGACGAUUGUUUUUCAGAACGGUAAGGUUGUACAAGCUGAUACCAUUGUGCAUUGCACUGGUUACAAAUAUCACUUCCCAUUUCUCAACACCAAUGGCUAUAUUACUGUUGAGGAUAACUGUGUUGGACCGCUUUACGAACAUGUCUUUCCGCCUGCGCUUGCUCCCGGGCUUUCCUUCAUCGGUUUACCCUGGAUGACACUGCAAUUCUUUAUGUUUGAGCUCCAAAGCAAGUGGGUGGCUGCAGCUUUGUCUGGCCGGGUCACACUUCCUUCAGAAGAGAAAAUGAUGGAAGACGUUACCGCCUACUAUGCAAAGCGUGAGGCUUUCGGGCAACCUAAGAGAUACACACAUCGACUUGGUGGAGGUCAGGUUGAUUACCUUAAUUGGAUAGCAGAGCAAAUUGGUGCACCGCCCGGUGAACAAUGGAGAUAUCAGGAAAUAAAUGGCGGAUACUACAGACUUGCUACACAAUCAGACACUUUCCGUGAUAAGUGGGACGAUGAUCAUCUCAUAGUUGAGGCUUAUGAGGAUUUCUUGAGACAGAAGCUGAUUAGUAGUCUUCCUUCUCAGUUAUUGGAAUCUUGAAGAUCAUGAAUAAUUCCUUGAACAAAUGAUUGACCUGUCUGUGUGUUGUUGUAUUGUUCUUUGUUGUUGUGUUAAAUAAAAGCCGUCAAGGUUUCAUUGUCUUUUUUUUUAUCUUUGAAUGUUUGGAAAAAAAAACAAGGUUUUAUACAAAAUGAAAUCAUCACUAAGCAAGUUGUACAUUUUCUUGUUGACGCCAUCUCUGCAACUCACUUUCCACCAUUCUCUUUGCAGCUUCUGCAGAUUCUGCUGACUUCUGAGCCAAUUCCGUUGCUUGCUUCAUCUCCUCUAUCGCUUUCAGCUCUUCGCGUUCUCUUCUCAAGUCUUCUAGUUCCAUCCUGAGAGAAUUCACCAAACUUCGGAGAGAGCAUUCGUCAUCAGCAGCUUCUUGUAGCCUCAUCGUUGCUUCAUUAAGCUCAUUUGUAAUGAUCUUAACCGUGUUCAUCUCUGAUUCAUGAGCUUUCUUCAUCUCUUCCCGUAAAACCUCAAUCUCUGAAGUUGUCUCUAACAGCUUGGCUUCAAGAGUUCUUGAGAGCUCAGGCUCAUAUUCUUUCCUCAACACUAGCAGUUUCUUCUCUGCCUCUUCAACAGCAGUUCUAUAACAUUCUCGUAAAUCGUCUUUUUCCUUAACAAUAUUAGCGUGCUCCUGCAGAUUCUGAGCAGCCGCUAGCUUGAGCUGAUGAAUCGCAUCUUUCAUAUCCGAAAUCUCCUUAGAAAGCUCGUUAACUUUGGCGGAGUUGACUUGGAGUGCA